AUGAGUGCGUUAUUGUGCGUAUAGCACUGAGUCUUUGUGGUUUGGUUUAUAUCCGCAUUUUGCCGUUCUCAUAAGCAUCAACGAGGUAUACCGGCACGUUGAGAUAGCUAUAUAGGUAUCGUCGUCGAUUAUAGUUUCAGGCACGAUUUGGAGGCAUCUGAAAAUGUCGGCGACGUUUGGCAGCUAGUGGAACAGAUCGAGCAUGUCUGAUUUCAGUUUGUAUGUAAAAACACUAUGUAUAAAAGUUUUUACGGGUAAGCCCACCUGGGAAUGUCUUGAACCAGGGUUAACUUUUGUGGACGUAAUUCUUACUACAGAAUGUAGACAUUGACAUUGGCCCAAGAUCUACAUACGCAUAGGCCUACACUGCCCAUGUAUAUGAAUAUGACAGUGGUUUGUUUAAAAGGCCUGGUCCCAUAUGAAUAAGUUAAUUAAAAUCCGGCAUUUUGUUGCAAUUGUUUUUAUUAUUAUUAUUAUUAUUAUUAUUAUUAUUUUUACAUAGUAGCAGCUGCUUGCUUCUUACGUGAACAUCACCACUUAUUAGGACCUAAUCAGAAUUCAUCUCGUUUGCCAGCUGAAUCCCAUCGUUUACCAAUCCAGUAAAUGCGAAGAUGAGUAUGUUCAGUAUGGAUCCUUUAUUCGUUGGCCCUGUUAUCUUCGCUGUCAUUGUGCUGUACUGGGUAUUUCGGAGGUGGGUGGCAGGAGGAUGGUGCCACAGCAAGGCUCGCCUGGACGGCAAGACGGUUGUCAUUACGGGAGCCAACACUGGCAUUGGCAAGGAGACGGCUAAAGAUCUUGCUAGAAGAGGUGCUCGUGUGAUCUUGGCCUGCCGUGACCUUCCAAAGGCCGAAGCAGCGGCCGCUGACAUCCGUAAGGUGACCGGGAACAAGAAGGUGACGGUGCGCAAACUAGACUUGGCUUCCAUGGCCUCGGUCAGAGAGUGUGCCAAGAAGAUCAAGGCAGAGGUGACAAGGCUGGAUAUAAUCAUCAACAACGCAGGAAUCAUGUUCUGUCCAGAAUGGAAGACAGAAGAUGGGUUCGAGAUGCAGUUUGGCGUCAAUCAUCUUGGCCACUUCCUUUUGACCAAUCUCCUCCUGGAUCUCAUCAAGUCCUCCGCCCCUGCUCGUAUAGUCAAUGUGUCCUCCAUGGCUCACGCUUUUAAUAAGAUGUGCUGGGAUGACUUACAUAUGAGAGAGAAAUACGACACAAUGGCGGCUUAUGCACAGAGCAAACUGGCAAACGUGCUCUUCACUAAGGAACUCGCUAAACGUUUGAUGGGUUCUGGCGUGACAGUCUAUGCCUUGAGCCCAGGAAGCGUGAAGACGGAGCUCAUUCGUCACAUGCAUGGGGCCUUGAGUCUUCCGUUUCGAGUCCUGUUUGGGGUUAUUAGCUUGAAGUUCCUCCAGAAGACUGCAGAGCAAGGGGCGCAGACUACCAUCCAGUGUGCCGUGGCCGAGGAGCUUCGAGACACUACGGGCAUUUAUUUCAGUGACUGUGUGCCGAAAACACCAAGUCGCGAGGCCCUUGACGAAGAGUCUGCGCGUCGCCUAUGGGAAAUCAGCGCCGAGUUGGUUGGAUUGGAGAAAAAGGUUGAAUAAAUGUGAGUAGCUGAGAAAGUAACGGUUGUGCAUUUCGUAAUUAUAGCAUUUGGUAUUCAAAUGGUUCGUCUCGUUUAAAGUUAACUUCCUGUAUUGCAAGACUGUUAGAUUAGUUUAUUAUUGACAUAAGAUUGUUUUUGUCAGCAGCAGGUGGUUAAUUUUUUUUUAAAGUAAUUGCAGUUAUUAAUAUCCUUUAUUGUAUGCCGCUGUACUAUUUUUUCCCCAUAUCAGUAAUUAUGAAAUUAAGUCAAUGAAGGACGAAACCAAAUAUUAAGAUAAAAUAUUGUUUUAAGUAUAGCAUUGCUGGAGCAGUGCUUUUGGAAGGAUUCGUACACUGAUGCAUUCAUUUGUGCACUGCAAAAAAAUAGGUCUUAUUAGCUGAUGUACUGAACAUGUGAAAAAAUGGUAGUAAUUCUUUUGUGUGUGAACAUAGCCCCACAUAGUGUGGCUCAAAUACUAGACUUCGACUUCCGUAUUGUG